UCUGGCAAGACUCGGGGCACGCGAGUCAUCUGGCAAGACUGCGGGCGCCGAGUCAUCUGGCAAAGACUGCGGACGCCGAGUCAUUGGCAAGACUGCGGUCGCCGUAGUCAUCUGGCAAGACUGCGGGCGCCGCGGUGUCAUCUGGCAAUACCUGCGCGGGCACCGAGUGUCAAUCUGGCAAUACUGUGGGCACCGAGUCAUCCCGGCAAGACUGCACGGCACCGAGUACACUGGCAAGACUCUGCGGGCAUUCGUGUCAUCUGGCAAUCAGGG